ACGCCGGCGACGCAAUCAGAGGCGUUGGUUCGAUAGAGAUAGGGAAUCGUUCUUUCGAGACUCGAAUCGAAUUCCGAUAAGCUCGUCUCUUCGAUUCUAGGUUUUCUUGGUCUGAUUUUGUUCUGGAGACUGCUUGAGUUUCACGUCGUUGCUGUUAUGCCCAGACACGAAUUAACAGAAGGGGUGUUUUGAGUUUGGCCGGCGACAAUCUGAAUUGUAUGGAUGAGUCUGCUGGAUCAAGCAGUUCAUGGGCUGCAAUCAGUUCUUCCAACAUUGGGUUUCAGCUCUUAAAGAAGCAGGGCUGGAAGGAAGGCACUGGUCUUGGAGUCGCUGAACAGGGUAUAUUGGUGCCAGUCCAAGCAGAGCUGAAAAAUAACAAACGAGGGCUGGGAGCUCCAGCUGAAAAACCAACCAAGAGAAAAGCCGUGAAAGCUACGGAUUCUGGAAAUGAGGAAGAAGUCUCUAAGCAAUCCAAGAAACUGUCAAAGAAAAUGCGGAAGUUGAUGGAGCACGAAAAACAGUUACAGGAGAAGGAAUUUGAACGAGCCUUCUUCAGGGAGUUCUGGCCUGAUAAUGUAUAAGAUUGAUGCCCGAAAAUUGUAUAUGCUAGUCUUAGAACUCAGCGUUUGAGUUAUUAUUGUUCGUUAAUCUACUCUCGAGUUCAACUGCUCACAAACAAAAACCAAAAACUAUUUUUCGACAUUUAUAAUAUGACGCAGAAAAAGAGAAUGACAUUAUGUA